AUGGCCGGCACCAUGUUGCUCGGUCGGCCUGGCUUCCGCCACGUGCUGGUCCCGAAGGUGGGGCUUGAGGAUCCCAGGCUGAAGUUGGAAGCCUUCAGCCCGACGAUGGGCUUCGAGCUGACGUCGCUGGACCUCUGGUGGACGAGCUGGAUGGCCAUCCUGCCGUUCUUCACCAUGUUCCUGUGCAGCGAGCCCAUGCGAUUUAUCCUCUG